UGUGGUCCUUCUGUGUGUGUGUGUGUGCUAAAGGAAGCUGCAUCGGUGGAAUCUGAAGAAUUUGAGGUGUCCGCCAAGUCCUCCGUUCAUCGUCAGCUUCCAGUCACUCUGUCGCUCUCUAUAACUGUCAGGACUGUGAGGUUUGACAAGAAAAAUGUCUCAGGCUGACAAAAUGAAGCAGGGCCAAUUCACCAACCCUGAAACCCCAGGGUACGUUGGAUUUGCCAACCUGCCUAAUCAGGUUCACCGCAAGUCUGUAAAAAAGGGAUUUGAGUUUACACUGAUGGUGGUAGGUGAAUCAGGACUUGGAAAAUCUACCUUGAUCAACAGCCUGUUUCUCACUGACCUUUACCCUGAAAGAGUCAUCCCUGGAGCAGCAGAAAAGAUAGAAAGGACGGUUCAGAUUGAGGCGUCGACAGUGGAAAUUGAGGAGCGAGGAGUGAAGCUGCGUCUCACUGUGGUGGACACACCAGGAUACGGAGAUGCCAUCAACAGCCAGGACUGUUUCAGCACUAUUAUCAGGUACAUCGAUGACCAGUUUGAGCGCUACCUUCAUGACGAGAGCGGCCUCAAUCGUAGACACAUUGUCGACAAUAGAGUUCACUGUUGCUUCUAUUUCAUCUCCCCGCUUGGCCAUGGCCUGAAACCUCUGGACGUUCAGUUCAUGAAGGCUAUUCACAAUAAGGUUAACGUGGUUCCUGUCAUUGCCAAGGCCGACACUCUGACCCUCAGAGAGAGGGAGAGGCUGAAGCGCAGGAUUCUGGAUGAGAUUGAUGAGCAUGGUAUUAAGAUUUACCACCUUCCUGAUGCUGAAUCAGAUGAGGAUGAGGACUUCAAAGAGCAAACUAGGAUCCUCAAGGCUAGCAUCCCGUUUGCAGUUGUAGGCUCCAACCAGCAGAUUGAGGCCAAAGGGAAGAAGGUGAGGGGCCGCUUGUAUCCCUGGGGAGUGGUGGAGGUGGAGAACCCAGAACACAACGACUUCCUCAAACUGCGGACCAUGCUUAUAACUCACAUGCAGGAUCUACAGGAAGUGACCCAGGACCUGCACUACGAGAAUUUCCGCUCGGACCGCCUCAAACGGGGUGGCAGGUUGUCCUCCCAUGGUUAUGUUCUGCCUCUGUCUCCUGUAAAAGGGCCGGAGCCGGAGGAAAUGGACAAGGAUAUAAUCCUGCAGGAGAAGGAGGCUGAGUUGAGGCGAAUGCAGGAGAUGAUCGCCAGGAUGCAGGCCCAGAUGCAGAAGCAGGAUGGAGAGUGAGACACCCCCCAUGCGUGAAAAGUCUGUGGCUUUCAAGCUGCUGUUCAACUUUGAACCAGAGAGAAUCGACUUAUACUUCUUGCCACUAUCCUUAUUCAGCUCCACGUGGGAUCUGGAGACUUUUUUUUUUUUAUACGUACAAUAAAAGUAUAUUCAGACAGUGUUAUGUUUAUAUAUUUACACACAUUUUUUUUUCUGUUACACAUUUGCCAGUUACUCACAUUAAGUCAUUUUACACACACUGUUGAGAAAACCAAAGUGUGCUGGUGCUUCUACAUAUAAACAUCUCAGCUGUCCAUCUGCUCCGAGUAUGGGCUUUACCAGGAGAAUCCAUUAUGAUGAAAACAUAGAAGCAGCUUUUUUGUGCCAGUUUCGUUUCUGUCAAAUUAAAAUAUGAUUUCAGAUUCCCACACAUGCUUCCCAUCAUAUAGAGUUCAUCCUGCUCACUGUUCCUCAUGUUAUCUCACUCGUAUGCAUGCAUCCUUCUCAGCUUUACUCCAGUAUUGUACCCAGUAGUGCAGCGACAACUGCAUUGAAGCUCCUUUUGAGUUUUAUAUGAAUUAAAGAAAACUGUGACCCAAUCUUACUGAAGACCUGACAAAUGAAGGACAGACAAAUGAGGUGCUGCUUUCUUUUUUGUUCUUACUGUGACGCCUGUUCAGUGCAUUUUUUUUCCCCAUUGGAUGUAUUUGCGUCAUAUCUCCUCAUUAUUGUAAAGUGAAGCCAUGUACCAGGAAGCAAUGAGAUUUAAGAAGGUGUCAACGUUUGUGUCCCAACUGCUGAGCUAUUUUGUGGUUUCCAUUACCACAGAGGUCAAAGGUGACCCAAUGAGGUCAAUGUAGCCAAUGUUUCCCUCACCAGCGAAGACGUUCAAGAGUUCUUGACAUUCCUCUUUGUGUGGUUUUUAUCCAAUUUUAAAUAACCAAAUAUUGUUCUUGAUACAUAUAUUGUAAUAAAGGUUUUAUUAAGCGCAA